GAAUUGAUCCUCCUCCUCCUCCUCCUUGUCCGUCUCAUCCCAUUCACCAUUCGCUUCUCCACCGUGUCCUGCCACCCACGUCGACUUCAUCAGCAUCUGGUUCGACGCUGCUGCACCCACUCCUCCGCACUUGUUCUCUCCAACGAAAGCAAAGGUCCUUAUCAUCGUCAUCAUCGGCCCAACAGCCCUCACUCACCUGCUGCCGAUCACUGCGGAUCUGGUCUCCGGCAGGCCCGUCUCCCUUCACCCAAGUCGUCCAGGCAGCCACUUUUUCAGUGGUGGUAGCCGGCUCAUCAAGAGCAACCCGCUCUGGGUACGAUCUCGCUACCAGUCGUCGGCGAGCUCAUAGGAUCAUCGGUACCGCAAUAAGAGUAGGGCCUCGCAAUCCCUCACUUGCUGCAACUGAGUCCCUUGCCCCGGUACUCCAUCCACAUACACAGCCCACGCCACUCUAUCCCUCGUCCUUCACCUCCCGGCUCCCGCUCUCAUCAUGGUGUCUUCAGUCACACCUCCUCCUCGCACCACCUCUUCCCCUUCUCCUUCUUUCCCCUCUUCGCCCUCUUCACGAGCCCCUUCGAUGAUCGACGAUCCUACCUUCAGCGACGUAUCCAGCCUCGAUGACGAGGACUAUGAGCUCAUCGACGGCCAAACUCCAUCCGCAAUCUAUGACUCCACAAACCUCUCCGCUUCCCAAUCUUGGAUGGGUGACAGCGUCCAGUCAACCUCGCCUCACACUGGUCAUGCCUCCAUCGCUGCUCCUUCGAUGGAGAUAGACACAACAGUCGCCUCAAGCCGCGACCGUCGAGGAUCCCCAGAGACUCUCAUGGACCAUUCCUGGGCUGCUUCCGAGGACCAGCAGCAUUCACUAGCCCGGAACCAAAGCGCCGCAGACCAAGACAUCGACACCCCCGUCUCCUCGACGCAUCACUUGGCUCACGCUGGCCUCACCACUGGUGCUCUUCCGUCGGACAUGGCAGCGGGAACGAACGCUGGAGGUAGCGGCGGCAGUACUGUCUCUACUUGGAUCCUCCCAGACCCAACCUCUCCCGAGAAUUCAAUCCAUCUUGGACACUCUCAGCAGUGCAGCACACCGAACGCUACUCACUCGAAGAGCGCUUCCGACCAACACUCACGCCUCGAAGCAGCCAAAGGCCUACCGGCCGUCGAUCCCGUCUGGAAACGCACUCUCGGAGCCUCAUGGGAAAGGACGCUGGACAGCGACCUCUCUUCAUCUGAGCCGCAGCUGAGCCAUGGGGUAAGGAAUCUCAGUGAUACAGGCGGUCACAAUCAGAAUGACAUCCCCGCUGGCGAGAAGCAUGCCGGUGCCAUUGAGACCUCAUUGAAAGAGCCCAUCGAGCCUGAUUGGGCACAGAAGACCAGAGCGUGGCUUCAAAUCAGCAGUAGUGGCACAGUCAAUGUGCCUGAAGAGUUCACUGGAGCCAGGCGGGGCGGGGCAGCCAGUAAACACCAGGACAGUCAAAAGGCGGAUUGCAACCUCCGGGGGCUCGUCGAAAAGGGCUCGCAUGCGGCCCGAGCGCACAUGAAAAUCGCUAUCCCGAACAACGCAUCUCAAGGCCUGCUGCUGCACUGGCUUGUUGCUGCAUUGUGCGGCUUCGUGGGAGCUGUUGUCCUUCUUCAUCCUGCCCUCCCCACUGAAGCAAUUCGCGCGGCGAUGAGCUUCUCGACGAUCUCGCCUUUUGCAUCCUUCAUCAGUGUCCAAGGAGAUUUGUCUCCUGCUUCUCUCAAAUCCGCCGAGAUGUCAUCUGUGUCGAUGCAGAAGCCUCAGCCCUUGGAGACUGCUGCUAUCAGUGCGCUUAGCUUGCCGAGCUCUUUCGAUCUCUUGGUAGUGAACAACGAUCAUAGGAAGCCGUCACAGCACGGCCGGGCCAGUUCAAUAUCUUCAUCGAUGGAUGAAGACAAAGAAGUGGCUUUCACUAGUGCAAGUCAGGAUCUAGGGCAAGGUAAUGCACCCAUCUCUGAAUGGUUGCUCGCGACAUCCCAGGCCGUAUGGCGCACCCUCAAGACCAACGGCGCCAUGGGUGUGGCUGCAGCCUACGCAGAGUGGUACUACUGGGAAACGAGGCUCAAGGCUCUAUGGUUCGAGGUAAUGGAGCCGAUGGUAAAGCAAGUCAGGCGCGACUUGGAAGCAAUCGUGUCCACCUUAGGCACCGAAUUGUGGGACGCGACUUCAUUUGCAUCGGCUUAUGGACAGGCGAUGUCUACCUCCGCCACAAAGAAAGCUCAUAGGGUCCUGAAGCAUUCCGAGGCAGCUCACAAAGCAACACUCAAGCAAGCCGAGGCCUUUUACGAAGCUUAUCUGAAGGAUCAGCUGUCUGAGAAUAAGCAAAGAGCUUCUGAGCACUUCGAAAAGGCCAGAAAGACGGCUCAACACCUGCAAAGCACCGGCGGCGAGCAUGCAACUCAGUUCUACCAAUCUGCCAAAGGCUGCCUCGAGACUUGGUCUCGUGAGGCUGCGAAGGUGGCCGGAGCGGGCAAAGAGACGUGGUCAGACUUCACUGUAUCCUCGGAAGUCAGCAGUCGCGCCAGAAGAGUGGUAUCGAAUGCAGAAAAGGGCAAGAAGGCUAUACUGGAGGCUAUAGAAGCCCGGCACAGGGCUGUGGCAGGUGCUCGAGGUCUACCAUCCGACCGAUCUGGGCCUUCCAUCCGAUCGCGGGCCGCUAGGAAGGCUACGACUAAGCGAGGCAAAGUAAGAGGCCAAUCUGACAACAGCAGUGCGUACGUGGUGCACAGCGACUUCUUGAGCGAAGCGGCUGCCCCUCUGCAGAAGGCUUCUCAGCAGGCCCGGGAUGCUGUCCAGGCGCAGUUGAAGAGAGCGAGCAAAGGCUCGGAUGCGGCCAAGAAGUCUUUGCAGAAGGGAUUGUCUUCCUUCGACGAGCAAUGGAAGCGGGCGACGAAGAAGGCCAAAGUGGGCACGACCAAGAGGUCCAACAAGCGCGUCGGCGGCUCCGUGAAGCGACGAGGGUGGGCUUGAUCUACCCACGACUCGAGCUCAGCUCACCCGCUGCUGUGCGCUCCCAGUGCUCGUCAUCGCAGCUUCUCUCCCUAUCCGUGUACGCUCAUGAUCGGCCAUGUACUUUUCCCAUGUUGUUACUUGUCCCUGCCCUUCCAGCUCCUAUGACAGUCUUACCAUGUUCUUGGACCCCGAGGGGGAAGCUUGGGUGAGACGCGCCGCCAUCGGACGCGGAGUUCCAAUCUCUACUCCCGUCGGCAUGACUUUUGACGAAGACUGAGAGCAGUCAGUAGCCUACUAGUGUACCUUGCACUUCCUCU